AUGAUAGGACCUCCAGCCGAAAGUAUUGCUGUUCCACGCGAAACUGGAUGGAUGAAUGCUGAGAUAUUUCUGACGUGGUUACAACAUUUCAAACACCAUGUGCAGCCUUCGAAGGAGAAUCCAGUUCUUUUGAUUCUUGAUGGUCACGGAAGCCGCAAAGAGCUAGCGGUGAUAGAGUACGCUCGUAAUAACAACAUCCAUAUGCUCAGCACUCCACCGCACACGACACACAGGCUACAGCGCCUCGACAGGGUAUUUUUCAAUCCGUUCAAAGCAGUGCAGUGUGGAUGA